AUGACGUUACCACGUACACAAGUAGCCUAUGGAUUCAAGCGUGGCCUGAAGAAAAUACAUCGUUAUGAUAAUUGGCCAAUUUCUCGCCCAGCGCCAGGGGAAGUUUUGAUAGAGGUAAAAGCGGCGGGGUUAUGCCAGAGUGAUCUCCAUAUCUUGUAUGCGCAAGAAAAGCAUGUUCCGGAGGAGUUUGUUAUGGGACAUGAGAUUGCUGGUCAAAUUGUUGAGGUAGGGAAAGAAGGAGUGCCUAGUCAAUAUAAAUUGGGACUUCGUGUAGCUGUAAGUAUUCCAUUAUUUUGUGGUACUUGUGCCAAUUGCCGUGGUGGAAGUGACAAUAACUGCUUGAAUUCAACCAAGGCUUAUGGAUUAAGUACUAAUGGAGGAUUCCAGCAGUAUUUAUUGGUGAAAAAUUUAAACGGACUAAUCCCAAUUCCAGAUGGGGUUUCAUAUGAACAAGCUGCCGUUACUUCUGAUGCGGUAUUAACACCUUUUCAUGCUAUCAAUAGGGCCAAGAAAGAUUUGCUGCCUACGUCUAAAGUAUUAGUUGUUGGAACUGGGGGAUUAGGACUCAACGCAUUGCAAAUUCUCCGCAACUAUGGAUGUUAUAUUGUGGCCGUUGACUUGAAAAGUGAAACUGAAGAAUUGGCGAAAGAGUAUGGUGCUUCUGAAUUUUAUCUGGACCUUCGUGUAUCUAAGCACAAGAAAGAAUCUUUCGAUAUUUGCUUUGAUUUCUGUGGCUUACAAGAGACGUUUGAUACGUGUCAGAUGUAUGUUAAGCAAAGGGGAAGAAUUAUGCCUGUUGGUUUGGGAAGGUCUAAGCUAUUUUUCAAGAACUACGAGUUAGCACGAAGGGAAAUUAAAGUUACCUUUUCUUUUGGAGGUACAUCCAAGGAGCAAGCAGAAUGUAUGAAUUGGGUGGCACAAGAUAGAGUUAAACCACUUUCAUCAGUAGUAUCCAUGUCAUCAUUACCGGAAUAUAUGGAAAAAUUAGCCAAGGGAAAAAUAAAGGGAAGAGUUGUUUUCGAACCUAGCAAAUUAUAA